CCAACUUCCUCUUCUUUCAAUAUCUUCACACAUUACCAUUGCUCAAUAAAAAUCAAGAAUAGCGAAAUUAGGUUCGUAUUCUGCUUUCAAAGUCAGUCACCAACUUUUUCACUCCACCAUUGAGUAAUAAAAAAAUAAGAAUAAUAAAAAUAGGUCCGUGUUCUGCUUUCAAAGUCAGUCGUCAAUUUUUUCACAAUAGAUCAACAAAUAUGGUUAACUUCAAUGAUCAAGAUUUCUUUUCUAGUAAAUGUGUAUGGGUAAAUGGUCCUGUUAUUGUAGGUGCAGGUCCAUCAGGACUAGCUGUGGGUGCAUGUUUAAAAGAAGAAGGAAUUCCUUGUGUAAUCUUGGAAAAAUCUGAUUGUAUUGCAUCAUUAUGGCAGAAAAAAACUUAUGAUAGAUUAAAACUACACCUCCCUAAACAAUUUUGUCAAUUACCCAAAUUCCCAUUUCCACAACACUACCCUGAAUACCCCACAAAGAAACAAUUCAUUGAAUAUCUUGAAUCAUAUGCUAGAAAAUUCAACAUCAAUCCAAGAUUCAAUGAGUGUGUUAAAUUUGCAAAAUAUGAUCAAUCUUGCAAAUUGUGGAAGGUGAAAACUAUUUCUCCAAAUGGUUUAGAAGUUGAAUAUAUUUGCCAGUGGCUUGUUGUGGCUACAGGAGAAAAUGCUGAGAAA